AUGGAAUAUAUGCUACAGAAUGGAGUCGAAAUAGAGGCAAGAAAUCGUGAAGGAGUAACAGCUGUGCAUCUAGACGUACGACAAAUUUACAUGGAAAUAUUUGAUUUGUUUAUUGAGCACGAUGUGAAUAUGGACAUGGAGGAUGAAAAAGAAAGAACACCAUUAUUCUACGCGGUGGAAUAUGGACAAUUGGAAAAAGUAAAUGCAUUAUUAAAGCAAGGAGCUAGAGUGAAUCAUAGAGAUUGCCAUGGAAUGACACCGCUGUUCAUGAUAUUUAAGAAAAUUUUGACUCACCGGUAUGAAGGAAACAACUUGUAUAGUCCGGAUCACAUAAGGAAGAUAGAAAUAACGGGAAUGUUAAUAAAAUUUGAAGCCAAUGUCAAUCAGCAGACGUCUAAGGGGGGCGUAACACCAUUGCACCUAGCAGGGACAAGAGGAUAUGAUGAGAUUGUAACAGUGCUGCUAGAAAAUAGGGUAAAUGUUAACUUAAAAGAUGAAAAGGGAAGAUACGUGGUACAGUAUUGUAGAUAUGCGCGGCAAGAUGAUGAUUUGCCUGCAGGAUACGAAAAAGACCGGAUGAAAUGUGGUUAG